UUUUGAAGAAUUUUGUCUUUUUAACUUGUUUGGUUUCAUCAAGUCACGUGAAGCUCCUAUAGGUCUGCGGUAGCGAAGAGCCAUUGAACAGUGUUUUAUUUGUGUGUUGGUUAGGGCCUUUCUGUUGCCAUUUCUCUCUCAUUUCAAAUCUUGUCCCCUCUUCCUCCUCAUCUCUCUUCCAUCUUUUCUGGACAGCAAGCUGAGAAAGAUAAACAAUUCAACUCUAUUAUUUUCCCUUCAUUCUGUUUCUCUCACUUGAUCCCAUGACUCCAAAUUUUCACACACCCUUAACUCCUUUUCCUUUAGACCUCAAAGAAGAUCAACAUCAACAGAUAUUCAUUUUAAAUUCUCAAUCUUCAGCUUCUCCAUCUUCUUCUACUCACCCAUGUGUUGGUGUCUCCAACCCAGCUCAAGAACAAGCGGGAGGAUAUUAUCAUAUGGAGCCCUAUCACUUACAACACCAACAGGAGGCUAAAAUAUUUGUUUCACAAGAGGGAUCAUGGGAGCAUCAGACGACAGUGGUGAAUGAGAGCGACAGUGGUCUCAAGUUCUCUAUCUGGAAGAAAGAAGAGAGAAAUGAAAACCAAAGUGAAAAUAGUACUUCGGUUAAGUGGAUGUCUUCAAAGAUGAGGCUGAUGAAGAAGAUGAUGCAUUCAGGUGCUGCUGAUGAUAUACCAAAUAACUCUAUGCAAAAGUUUGAACUUCAUCCCGACAACAACAACAACACCACAAUUAGGGUUUGUGCUGAUUGUAACACAACUAAGACCCCUCUUUGGAGAAGUGGACCUAGAGGCCCCAAGUCGCUGUGCAACGCCUGUGGAAUUCGGCAAAGGAAAGCGAGACGGGCUAUGGCAGCGGCAGCAGCAGCUGCGACCAAUGGCGGUGCAGUUGCAGGUGAUAGUAUAUCUAAGAAGAGUAAGCCGCAGCACAAAGAUAAGACAUCAUCAUCAUCAUCAUCGAGCAAUAAUAGUUGUCUUCCAUUCAAGAAAAGGCGCAAAUUCGCGUCCCCAUCGCGGGGCAAAAAGAAGCUUUGUUUUGAAGACUUGAGGAUAAUCUUGAGUAAGAAUUCAGCUUUUCAACGAGUUUUCCCACAAGAUGAGAAGGAAGCCGCCAUCCUACUAAUGGCUCUAUCUUAUGGCCUUGUUCAUGGCUGAGUUUUUGAAGAAUCCAUCUUAAUUAUUACUAAUAUUUAAGCUCAUAAUUGUGUGAGAAUGAUCUGAGAACAGUACUAGGAAACAAAAUCCUAGAAGAAAGAAAUACAGUGAUUGUGCGUGAGGACUUGUUCAUUCAUCUCAACAUCUUGUUUUGGUUUCCACUUAAUAAACUUUUCAAGAUUUUUACUCGCAUUA